AUGUCUAUGUGGAAGAAGAAUACCACACCAAACGGAAUUCCAUCUAACAUGCUAUCACACAUGGAUGCUUUAACCCCAUCAUUACAAAGAGCAAUUCGGGAAGCUGUCAAGAAAACCACCAGAACAGCAUACUCUACAGGAUACAGCACCUUCGUGAGUUUCCUUACCAUGAACGGAGUAAAGUGGCAAACCUUAGAUCUUCCACCCAUAAAUGAAGAAAUUCUGAUAUAUUUCGUUGGGCAUUGUUUCCAAUCCCUCUGACUGCAACUGAGCACCAUCAAGUUGUAUCUGUGUGGUAUACGAUUUCAGUAUAUUCAACAUUCAGGACAUAAUCCACUGAAUACAAAGGAGGGAAAUCCACUUCCACGCCUAUCAUUAAUCCUGCAGGCAGUUAAGAAAUCACAAGUUCAACAUGUUCAACAUCGAUUGCCUAUUACAUUUGACAUUCUACUUAAAAUAGUGAAUGCUGUUCGAAGUGCAUCAUAUUCACAAUUCUUUAAAUCGGUCAUCCAUACAGUGUUUUGUGUUGCGUUUUAUGGCUUCCUGAGAUGUGGAGAAUUCACAGUGAAUAGCGAGUUUGAUUCUUUUUCUCAUUUGUGUAUUGGUGAUGUCAGUUUUAGGGAAAGAGAACAUUAUGUGAUUCUUAAUUUAAAAGGAUCUAAAACGGAUCCAGGUAGAAGAGGAGUAGCCAUUGUGUUAUUCAAAAAUGGCCUCCCAGUAUGUCCUUUCAAUGCAUUAAUAAAGUUUGUGCCAGUCAGGUUGUCACAAGGAGCUGGACCAUCAGACCCUCUAUUUAUUAUGGACAAUGGUAAACCCCUAUCACGUGAGGUGUUUAUCACAGCACUGAGACAUGUUCUAACUAUAUCAAACAUUGAUGCACGUAUGUUCAGUGGACAUUCAUUUCGUUCUGGGGCAGCAACCUCAGCAGCGAAAGCUAGGUUAGAAGACCAUUUAAUAAAAACUUUGGGUAGAUGGAACUCUGACUCAUAUUUGCGUUACAUUAAAACUCCUCUACAGAGUAUCAGACAGGCACAGCUUGCCAUGUCAACUAAGUAG